UUUGCGUAAUGUCUGAUUUCGUCCGCAUGCCCUCCUACUACUAAGCGUUUGUACCUGUUCGGUUCCUCGAUCGCUUAUCCCAGUAUCUAGCAUUUCGGCGUUCGUACGAUGCUAGAAAAGAGGGACCAUGUCACUAUCUUCCGCCGUGAAACUCUUGCGAAAAACGAAUUCAAUAUUUUGGUCUGUUAUGUCAUUUCCCACUAUAGACGUGGUGUGGUCAGUGAGUGGUUUCAUACAAAAUUUCGAUACAAUUACUUAUUAUAUGCAAGAACAAAAUAUUCUUAGGACUUUUGGUCAGAUCGUUUGGACAAACUUUACCUUGAAAGUUAGUGAACGCCACAAAAGUCACGCGUCUUUGGCGUUUGUUACUGUCAGACAUCGCGUAGCAAGACUUCGGACGUCAGACGCGCUUACGCGUUAUCACUGCAGGAAAGGGGCAGGGGAAUGUGGACUGGGGUAUGGAGUAGAGGGAAAUCGGAGAACAGAGUGGGUGGGAGGUGGCAGCCCUGCCGGGCCGUGCACAGCCCAAGUAUAAAAGGAGCGACUCGCGACCGCCGACCGUCAUAUAGCAGGCUGCUACGGCGCGGACCAGAAUAACACGUGUCUGGUUGUGCAACAGUGUGCAAAUCUGCUGUAAAUAUUUCGUGGGAAAAGUUCUGCACUCUUGGUCCGACAUCUUAGUCAUUGCGUCAUGUUCUGUGGAAGCAUUAGUUGGUUCAUCUGCAUUUUUGUGGCCGUAGUCAUAACUGUAAAUUGCAGUGACUCAGAUUCCAUUACAGGACCCGAUCUGGAAGUCAAUGUUUUACGCUUAAGAUCCGAAAACCCAGAACAGUCUGCAGUGGUACCAGAAACAGAGGGUAAGGAGACCCCAGCUGUGGGUCUGAGCGCCCUGCUGGACGCUGGAAAGGGCGCCAUGGUGACCCUGGUGGCCGGCGACACGCGUCUCGCAGCGCACAGGGCCGUCCUGGCUUCCAGGAGCCCCGUGUACGAAGCCAUGUUCCGCCACGGUACGCUGGAGGCCAGCAGCGGUCAGGUUGCAGUCCAGGACGUGGAGGGCCCGGUGCUGCGCCAGCUGCUGGCCUACCUGUAUACACUCCAGGCCCCCCGGCUGCCCGGCAUGUCUGCACAGCUGCUGGCUGCAGCUGAUAAGUACGGCGUGUCGGCCCUGAAGGCGGAGUGCGAGCUGCAGCUGGUCGCACAGCUGUCCGUCGAGACAGCGGCGGCCACGGCUGCUCUCGCGGUCAGGCACUCCUCUGACAGCCUCAAGCAGGCGGCCAUUAAAUUCAUAAGGGCUCACUUGGUCCAGGUGAUUUUCACACCGGGCUGGGGUGAUGCACUGCGCUCCCAGCCUCAACACAUGGCUGAUGUCUAUCGCCUGCUCUUGUUGGAGACGCCAAUGGAAACCAGACCGCCAGUCACUGCAGACGGCAGGACCACCCCCGCCACCGAGCCGCACAGCAACCACAGCGACCGUGGCUGGACUUCGGUCACAGCUGCACCACCCACGACUCUGCACUCCACACUCCGAUAUAAUGACGGCACCGCCUCUAUUCUGCACACUCUAGCCUCUACAGAGAGCUCAGUCGCCCCCACCACUCAGCUGCAGAGCAACCACGGCGACCUCAGCCGGACUUCUGCCUCAGCUGCCAUGCCCACAGCUGCCAGCCCGACUCCCUCAACCGAUAGCGCCGCCAUCACUCUGCUCAGGACAUUAUCUGGAGAGGAGAAGGGCAGGAGGCUGAUCCAGGCAGCUAUUCAGGGCUCAAUGGAGGAGUUGCAGGCCCUGCUGGCAGCUGGAGUGAACGUGGGGGCGAGAGACAUGAAAGAGUGGACCCCCCUCCAUUGGGCAGCUCGCAAGGGAUACGAGGAGAUGGUGAGGCGUCUGCUGGCGGCGUGUGCGGACGUGGGGGCGAGGGACAAGUUCCAGCAGACGCCGCUGCACUUGGCUGCGUGGGGCGGCAGCCCGGCCGUCGUCAGGCUGCUGUCGGCGUCCUCUGCCGACCCCAACGCCAGGGAUGUGGACGGGUGGACGCCGUUGCACUCUGCAGCAUUCAAUGACGAGACGGAAGCAGCGACGGCGCUGCUGGAGGCAGGGGCCGACAGGGGGGCUAUAGACAAUAAUGGGAAAACCCCGCUGGACAUCGCCAGACAGUACAACCAGCAGCAGGUGAUAGACGUGCUAUGAUUAACCUGUGGACUAAAAUAAAUAAACCUUUUUACAGAACUUUUCGUUGUUUUCAGAAAAAAAGCAUACAAAGAAACCUGUCUUUGUACCCAUUCUUACACUGUGAGUAAAACUCCUGUAGUAACACCAGAUGGAUACCACAACGAUAAAAGCAGAGGUAUAAUGAAAAGUAAUAAGACUCGAGCUUCCAUUCUUGAAAACUAGGUAAAAAUCGAGAAAUAUUCCAUUAACAAUAAACACUACGUAUCUGCAACACAUUAUGUGAUCAGAAGUAUCUGGAGACAAGACUGAAAAUGACAUACAUGUUCGUGAAGUCCUCUAGCAGUAAUGCUGGAAUUCAAUAUGGUGUUGGCCCACCCUCAGUCUUGAUGACAGCUUCCACUCUCGCAGGCAUACGUUUAAUCAGGUGCUGGAAGGUUUCUUGGGGAAUGGCAGCCCAUUUUUGACAGAUUGCUGUACUGAGGAGAGAUAUUGAUCUGUGUGAGUGAGGCCUGGCACGAAGUCGCCAUUCCACUACAGGGACGUUAUUGCCGUGUAACCACUUCGCCACAGGCCGUGCAUUACCAGCAGGUGCUCAAUCGCUUUGUAAGAUGCAAUUGGCAUCGCCGAAUUGCUUUUCAACAGUGAGAAGCGAGAAGGUGGUUAAAACAUCAAUGUAGGACUGUGCUGUGAUAGUGCCCACCCCUCCCCCCCUUAUGAAAAUCACGACUACACCAUAAAACCACCGCCUCCGAAUUUUACUGUUGGCACUACACAUGCUGGCAUAUGAUGUUCAUCGGGCAUUCGCCACACCCACACCCUGCCAUUGGAUCGUCACAUUGUGU